CGUUCCACUGCCUAUAUGGUCAACUCAAACAAUGCGAUGCCCUACAUAAUUCAAACGUUCUACGCCACUGCGUGUCCCAUAAACCCAGCCUUCUCACUAGCUUAGCAUCUCACAGCACAAUAAUGUCAGGCAGUCGUCGCGGCCCGCUAUCAAUUUCGCCUAACUGGGCAGCGAUAAAAAAUGCAGGUUUAUCUCCAAUUGUCGCCUAGCAGUUUGUUGUUAUUGUUGAAUUCACGCGACGAACGCUAGGAAGCAGUGUCAGCGAAGUGCGGCUUGGUGGUCAGUUCCGAACGGGAAGUGCAAAGAGGUGGUACUGCAUUGGUGAUACUUGGUACUCUUCGCAAAUGUUACCGCCGCGAGAUCGUCGCUAAAAAUAAGGAUUGCAAGCAGGCGCGAUGGCAUGUGAGGCGAGCCUCCAAAAUAACGCAGCGAUACUAAUUCUGCUAGCAUUAUUCAGUCACGUAAAUAGCUGGUACUUCAAGUGUGAAAAUGGAUUUUGUAUAAGAAACUCGGAUCCUAAUGAUAAAUCAAACUACCCUAGUCUAGAACUAUGUUCCUUAGUAUGUAGCAAUUUCCUCAACGUGUGGCCACAGCCAACAGGAAAAAUGGCCAGUUUGAAAAAUAUUGUCAGAAUAAAUCCAAACAAAAUAGAAGUAAAGCUAAAUGGCCCACCAGGAACUGAGGAUUUCUUUUCGGACAAUAUAUUGUAUUUUUCUAAAAAGCUGAAAAAAGACGAACCUUAUAAAUGUCACGAAAUUAUGUAUCCACUAAAAAUCGUUCUGACACCAAAAUCUAACAAUCCACAAUUAGAUUUAAACACAAAUGAAUCUUAUGCAUUGGAACUUACUUAUGAAGGUAAUGCAAUAACAGCCUCAAUCUCAGGAUACUCCAUUUUUGGAAUUCGCCAUGGGUUAGAAACUCUAUUCCAACUCAUAAUUCCUUACGAAGAUGGAAACCAAAAAUGCAUAGCCACCUUAAGUUACGUUCUUAUUAACGACAAACCUGUGUACAAACACCGCGGGCUGUUAUUAGAUACAGGACGAAAUUUUCUAACUGUGAGCACCAUCAAGAAGCAUCUGGACGCUAUGGCUGCUUCAAAACUGAACGUAUUGCAUUGGCACAUCACAGAUUCGCAGAGCUUUCCUUUGGAAGUGGAGAGGCUACCAAAUAUGACCAAAUAUGGUGCAUACAAUGAAAAACACAUCUACUCAGUAUCAGAUGUAAAAGACCUGCUUAAAUACGCUAACAGAAGAGGGGUAAGAAUUCUACCAGAGAUCGAUGGACCAUCACACGCUGGAAACGGGUGGCAAUGGGGAAAAGCAGCAGGUCUUGGAGACCUCGCAGUUUGUGUCAACAGACAGCCGUGGAGGUCUUUGUGCAUUCAGCCGCCGUGUGGACAGUUGAAUCCGGCCAACCAGAAUCUAUAUUGCGUUUUGGAGGAUCUUUACAAGCACAUGAAGGAUCAUUUUCCAGAUACCGAGAUGUUCCAUAUGGGAGGUGAUGAGGUCUUUAUUCCUUGUUGGAACUCAACCCCAGAAUAAUAGAUUACCUGAAAGGCAAGCCAAGGACUACUGAAACAUUUCUUGAUCUAUGGGGAGAGUUUCAACGGAAAGCUUUGGCGGCGUAUGACAAAGCUUUCGAGCAUAGCGAUACAUCUAUCGUCGUGUGGACCAGUCACAUCACACAACCAGAAGUUAUACGAAAAUAUCUUCCAAACGAGAGGUAUAUUAUCCAGACCUGGGUGCCAGAAAGCAACGUUAACCUUAUAACAGAACUACUCAAGCUAGGCUACAGAGUGAUCAUAUCUACCAAGGACAGAUGGUACUUGGACCACGGAUUUUGGGGUACCACGUCGUACUAUACCUGGAAAGCCGUAUACGAAAAUAAAAUGUACAAGUACAAUCACGAAGGAAUAUUAGGUGGUGAGGUAUGCAUGUGGGGAGAACUGGUAGACGACAACAAUAUUGAUUCCAAAGUAUGGCCAAGAGCAGCAGCUGCUGCAGAAAGACUGUGGUCAAACCCAAGAAGCACAGCAGAAUUCGCACAGUUUAGAUUUUUCGCUCAUCGAAAAAGACUUGUCGAUCUAGGGAUUCAAGCUGAAGCGCUGACACCGAAGUGGUGCGUGGAUAGUCAGGGAGAGUGUAAAACGUACUUAUAAAACUUUUAAAUAACGUGUUACCAUAAAUGUGAUUUUAAAUAAUAUAUUUUGUAAUAAACUAUUUUUGUACGAAAUAAUAUU